UUCCACUUCAAGGUCACGAUUCAGCUAUAGAUGGGUUUCAGGAGGAUGAUGUCAUCACGCACGCUACCUUGCUACCGCCAUGUUGAGUACCAAACGCUAAGCUCCGUGGCGCUUUCUCUCAGACCACAAAUGGAUCGUUCUCAUUUAAAUCCCCACGAACUUAAACAAUACAAUGAAAAAAUCGCUGUUAUUGGAUGUGAUCCAUACGAAGUUCCUGCAGACUGUUUUCAACACCUUUCAUCAACUGACAGGCUUCCAGAUUUUUCCUUCCACGACUUAUGCAUAUAUCUGAUACACAACCCGUCUUCAUACACCGGGGAAAGUCUGAAAGCUUUUAAAAGCACGGAUGCCUAUCGAUAUUUCACGGCUGGCUGGGUCAUUGACCCGAAAAUAUGGUAUCAAAAGAACAAGAAAAUAUUCUUGUGUAAAGCAAAGGUGAAUCACUCUCAGGCCAUAAAUGCCACACCCACACAACCCUGGGUUGUUGUCAGAGAGGAUGGGACAGUGCUAAUGGCUCACUGCACCUGUAAAGCAGGAUUGGGUGAAGCAUGCUCCCAUGCAGCUGCACUGAUGUAUGCACUACUGGCAGCAGUCAAUGUCAAAGAUGGACAGUCCAGCACUCAGAAGGCCUGUGCCUGGGUCAUUCCAGGCAAAACAUCUCAAAUCCAGUAUGAGGAACUGAGCAAAAUAUCAAUGACCAAGAAGAAUAAAUCAAAAUCCACUGCACUGCCCAGCAUUCCUGUCCCUUCAGAGGAUGAAUACACGAGGUUCUUCCAACAGCUGCAAGAGUGUGAUGUCCAGGAAAUAAAUCCCAACGGAACGGCUAUUUUGUCUAUCAUCGCGGGUCACUCUGACACAUACAUACCAAAGACUGUCCAACUGAACUUGCCACAACCUCUGACAAGUCUCUUCUCGAAUGCAAGAUUACAAGCAGAUUUAUCAUCACUACUGGUAGAGAGUGAAAAGGUCUUUGAUGAUCUUCAGCUAACGGAAAAAGAGAUGGGGAAAUCUAAAUGAGCCAGUAGCAAGGAUACAUUACAUCAAAGCGUUGCAAGAUCAUCACACAGAUUUCCAGGUGACAACAGCAGGCCUCAUCAUCAACACAUCUUUGCCGUGGAUCGGUGCAUCGCCAGAUGGGAUCAUUACAUGUGUCUGCCAUGGUAAAGGUGUGCUUUAAAUAAAAUGUCCCUUUACCCUCAAAAAUAGCUCUCUUGCCAACAGCUGUAACACUGACACAAACUUCUGUCUGGUGGAAAAGGACAAUGUGAUGACACUGAAGGCAAAUCACAAAUACAUGUCACAAGUUCAAGCCCACAUGCGUAUUGCAGGUGUACAGUAUUGUGACUUUGUUGUGUGGAGUCCCACUGAAACGUUUAUACAACGCAUUCAGUUUGAUGACGUGUUCUUCAGUGAGACGUACAGCAGAGUAGUGCAGUUCAUCAAAACUAGACUUCUGCCAGAACUUUUGGGAAAGUACUACACGGUACCACGCACAGUGGUCUCCCCAAUCUCAGAGAAACAGCCACAUUCAGGAUGCUACUGUGGUGAACCACAGGGAGCUCCAGAGGAUGUAGUCAUCUGUGCAUCAAAACUAUGCAAGCGAGGACACUUUCACAAGUCUUGCUUGCAGAUGACAAGGAUUCCAAAAGUGUGGAAAUGUUAUGAAUGCAGGAAGAUAAAGCCAAACUGAGGAACUACACUGUUAUGCAACAGUCAUUGUACAAAGCUAACAUAAAAAGAUAUUCAAUAAUAUUUAGAAUAAGGUUUUGUUUCCUUUUGUUCUGAUGCCAGAGUUUUCCACUUCUAAACAUGGUGUCAUUCCAGUAAUCCCACUUCGGGUAAUUUUCCAACUAAGUCGAAAUACCUUAUUAUUAAGGUACUGCGAUUGUCUUGUGAUCUUUUAAAGUUGUGUUUAACCUGCCUUCUUUAUUCCCUAUUGUUCUUAUUCUAAUGAUAUACUUGAAAUAAAAUCUACACUGAGGAGAGGGACAAGCAUAGAUGAGGAGGGAAGAGGAGAGGAAGGAAGGGAAGAAGAGGGGCAGUGGGAGAGGAGGGAUAUUCUAAUUCCAAUUCUAUUAUUUUGAUGUACUGUAACAAGAUAAUUGGAAUUAGA